AUGUCACCUUAUGGUCAGAUUCCAACUGAUGUGGCCACCAGAGGACUUUCUCGACUUCGUCUUGCAUAUUUUGAAUCAUGGUGGAAAGGACCAGAUUGGUUAACAGAGGAAGAAUCAACAUGGCCAGUCUGGGAAUAUAAUCUCAACGAAAUUCACAGCGAAGACGAAAGUGAAGAAGAAGGCCAAAAGAUUGUAGCACAUUUUACUAUUGAUAAAACCUUCAAAUUAAUCGACGCAAAUCGAUUUAGCAAAAGAUGGAAAGCAAAGCCGUUUAAACUGCCGACUAUGCCUAAUUACCCAGCAUUUCGGGUAAGACGAUCACGAACGUUUUCACGAGUUGGCUUGGAUUAUUUAGGCCCUAUUUCCGUCAAAAUAGAAACAGGAGUUGCAAAAAGAUGGAUUGCUUUAUUUACAUGUCUUGCAACUAGAUUAUUUUUUCAAACCCUAAUGGAACAAGAAACACAAAUAACCGAAUUCCUGGUUAAACAUGGAAUAAAAUGGAGAAAUAUAAUUCCGAAGCCGCCUUGGAGCGGAGGAGUUUACGAACGGAUAAUCGGUCUAACAAAGGGAACAUUAAGAAAGGUUAUAGGUAGAAAAUUGCUAAAAGAAAAGGAGUUUAUAACACUAAUAGUGGAAGUUGAAAGCAUAAUUAAUACUCGCCCAUUAACCUACGUAAACUUCGACGAUUCCAUAAUCCUAAGACCUACUGAUUUUAUUAUACCAGACGUAUGUCUAAUGAUACCUACUAGUAAUACCGAUGAUCGAGAUGAUUAUACUCCUUAUAAGUUAAAUACUCAACAGAAACUUAUCAAACAUUGGGCAAGAACAAUGGAAACUCUGGAUACUUUCUGGAAAAUAUGGAAGGAGGAAUACUCAACCAGUUCGAGAGAACGUACACAAGUAGAACAUAAAUCUCCGAAAGACGCAGAGAUUAGAGCCCCUAUUAAAGAAGAAAUUGUAACAGUAAACGAAUCAAACGCUCCUCGUGGUACCUGGAAAUUAGUAAAAAUAAGGAAACUCAAUAAGGGAUAG